AUGUCGACAGCGGUGGAGGCGACGGGCUUCGUCAUGUGCGUGCUGAGCUGGCUCCUGACGGGCGCGGCGUUAGCCAACGACUACUGGAAGAUCUCCACCGUGUCGGGCAGUGUAAUCAUCUCGCAGAGGCAGUUCGAGAACUUGUGGCACUCGUGUGCCGAGAACAGCGCCGGGAUUGCCGAGUGUCGCGACUUUGAGUCGUUGCUCUCGUUGCCAGGUCAUGUUCAGGCGUGCCGGGCCCUGAUGAUUGUGUCUCUGCUGCUGGGUUUGGGCUGCAUGGUCGUUUCCCUACUGGGUCUCAAGUGCAUCAAGAUCGGCUCUGCCGGAGACACCUCCAAGGCCAAGCUGGCUGUCACUGGAGGCAUCCUCAGCAUCCUGGCCGGUUUGUGCUGCAUGAUCGCGGCGUCGUGGUAUGCUAGCAUGGUGGUGCAGGACUUCUACAACCCUCUUUACGUUGGCGUCAAGUUCGAGAUGGGCGUGGGUCUCUACAUUGCCUGGGGGGCCGCCUGUCUGGCCAUGCUGGGGGGCGCCCUGCUCUGCUCCGCUUGUAAGAGGACGUCAACCAGCGGAAGCAAAAAAGGUUUCCACGGCAGCGCCCCACCACGCAAAGUCUACAGAGCGACCCCGGCGUCGGAAGCGGACACGGCCAGAGCUUACGUGUGA